CUCGCCGCCGUCUUGCCGCUAGCCUGUCUCACCUCGCGGCCGGCAGCCUUGCGCGACGCGCCGCGCUCUUUCACAUUCAAAAUUAUUCGCAAUCAUUGCAAAAACUCUCUGUGCAAUAAAAAUAUCCCAUUACUCGCUGCGGUCGCAUUAAUUCUGAAAACAGAGAGAGAUCUUUACAACUUUUUGAACACAUUACUUGUCUUUCAAAGUUUGAAUGCACUCCUCGUUGCAUGUCCCGCGCGCGUCGUUAUGAGAACCCCGUACUGGCGGUCACGUUGACGUCGCGCGGUGCCGCCAUAUCUGUCUCGGCCACCAACUAGCAAAAUUAAUAGGCUCAAAAAUUUGUUUCACAUCACUAGAAGAAUGCGAUGACCCGCGCAUUCGCUUUUUGAAAUUACGCCUUACCCGGAUGGAAUGAGGAGUGCACUAUCCUAUUGUUUCACAGUUUCUUAUGUUUGAACAUCAUUUGUUUUUUUGUUUUUCGGACAAUUAGAGAGUUGUCAUUUUCUUCCAAAAUUACAAAAAAUUGUAAAAUAAGAAUGGCGGAGGGUAAUGGAGAAAUAUCCCUAGAAGAGGUCCCCGGGAAGGACUCUGAUGUUGGCCGGACACCAGAUUACCACAAACUUAUAGAAUAUGGCUUGGACACAAAGGUAGCAAGCAAGCUCGACGAUAUUUAUAAGACUGGAAAGCUAGCGCACGCAGAGUUGGACGAGCGUGCGUUAGAUGCCUUAAAAGAAUUUCCAUCCGACGGUGCUUUAAGUGUUCUUGGACAAUUUUUAGAUUCAAAUCUCGAACAUGUAUCUAAUAAAAGUGCUUAUUUAUGUGGAGUCAUGAAAACCUAUAGACAGAAAAGCAGAGCGGGAGUGCAGGGCGCGCCCGCGCUGUCUUCCACUGUCCAGGUCAAAGGACCCGACGAAGAGAAGAUCAAACAGAUCUUGGAGAGGACCGGUUACACGUUAGACGUGACGACAGGUCAGCGCAAAUACGGCGGGCCGCCGCCGGGCUGGGAGGGCGGCACGCCCGGCGCCGGCUGCGAGGUGUUCUGCGGGAAGAUCCCCAAGGACAUGUACGAGGACGAGCUCAUCCCGCUGUUCGAGCGCUGCGGCACCAUCUGGGACCUGCGCCUCAUGAUGGACCCCAUGACGGGCACCAACCGCGGGUACGCCUUCGUCACCUUCACGACGCGGGACGCCACGCAGCGCGCCGUGCACGAGCUCGAUAAUCACGAAAUAAAACCGGGGAAGACUCUGAGAAUUAAGAUUAGCGUUCCGAAUCUGCGACUUUUCGUCGGCAACAUUCCCAAGUCUAAAGGCAAAGAGGAGAUACUGGAAGAGUUUGGUAAAUUAACAGCCGGACUCGUAGAAGUAAUUAUAUAUAGUUCGCCCGAUGAUAAGAAGAAAAAUAGAGGAUUUUGUUUUUUGGAAUACGAGUCUCACAAAGCCGCGUCAUUAGCUAAGCGUAGACUUGGAACUGGUAGAAUAAAGUCUAAUGAUCCUUCGCAGGUAUGGGGCUGUGAUAUUAUAGUGGAUUGGGCUGAUCCUCAAGAAGAGCCCGACGAGCAAACUAUGAGUAAAGUUAAGGUGUUAUACGUCCGAAACCUGACCCAAGAAAUAACGGAAGAGGCGCUGAAAGAAGAAUUUGAACGUUACGGGACCGUUGAACGAGUCAAGAAGAUUAAGGAUUAUGCUUUCGUCCAUUUUGAAGACCGAGAUUGUGCUGUUAAGGCGAUGGAAGAAUUAUAUGGAAAAGAUAUGGGCGGCGCUCGUUUGGAGGUGUCGCUGGCGAAACCCCCUUCAGACAAGAAGAAGAAAGAGGAAAUAUUGCGUGCGCGUGAACGUCGGAUGACCCAAAUGAUCUACGGCCGUGGCGGAUUUGAUUGGUGCAGCUGCUCGCCGGUGCACGGCGCGCUGCGCGGCCGCACGCCGCAGCCGCAGCCGCGCCCGCCGCAAGCGCGCGGCGACUACGAUUAUGAUUACGACUAUUACGGGUACGGGGAUUACCGAGGUGGCUACAAUGAGCCAUUUUACCGGUACGAUGAGUUCUAUUUUGAUUACGCGGGGCCACCGCAACCGUCCGCCGUCCGCCAGCCUCCCAACAGAGCGCAACCGGACGACGAGCUCGCUCUCGGGCCCAACUCGCUUUACUACGAUCUAACUGGAGGCAUUCAGGGGGCUGGGUCAUGUGGGACGGGCGCCCGCUGGGCGCGGCGCGGGGCCGCGGCUGGGGCCCGUGGUGGUGCGCGGCGCGCCGCUCGUGGCCGCCGCACGCCCAGCGCCAUGCGUGGCAACCCGCGCGCCAAGCCAAGUUUACCAGGUAAACGUAAACACGACGGGGGUCAGCAGAACGCUGGGGGGGAGAGCAAGCGGCGGCUGGGCGCGGCGGCGGCGGCGGCGCGCGGGUGGGCGGGCGCGGGCAGCUAGCCGCCGCCGCGCCGUCGCGCCGCCGCCGGGCGCCGCGCGCGCGAGCCCCUGUCCCGGAGACACUACAAGCUGCGCAGGGGAGCACCUCGCCCGCGCACCGCGCCUCGCACGCUCCGCAGCGGUUCACGGUUACGUUUACGCCCGGUCCGCCCGCCCUAGCGGGGGGAUCGUUCCACUUUUUUCUAUAUAUGUGUUUUUUUUAUUUGAUUUUCACGUUUUCGAUUUUGUAUCGCGACGAUUCCGUAAAAAUCUUAAAGUAGGACGUUAUGAAAUGUUUCGAAUGUAAGUUUCCCGUUAUGCUUAUGUUUUCACUGUCGUAUUAGCCGUAUAUAUUUAAUAUAUACUUUAUUUUUGUGAGGGCGCGCGGCCGCGGUUGCCUGUUUGCGGUCGCGCGUCGGGUCGCCGACCCGUCGACUGUCUGUUUUUUUUAAUACAUGUUAUUCGAUAUAUUUUAUUCCUGCGAACGCAUUUUGCGAUGUGAUGUGUAUUUUAGCAGUAAUUAUUAUAUUAUAAGGAGUUUGACUGUUGUUUUUUGACAAACUUACAACUUAGGUUACACGAGAAAGAAUUUAUGGAAUGAAUUGAACUCGACGACUCUAUCAAUUACGGCUAAAAUAAAAAACACCUGUAAUCGAUAACAUUUCCCAACUGUGUUCCUGCUUUAGUUUUUUGCUUUAUUUUUAUUACAUAUUUCCCUUUAAAAUACAUUAGUGUGAAGAAGUAGUAAUGUAAAGUUCAGGAUUUCUGCAAUGUUUAUUAUUAUCGCUGUACUAAACUUUUUUGUAUUUCGACCACAUAGCAUGUCCAUACUGUUAGAACUCUGACUUGUAUCAAUCUUGUAUCAGUUAAUAUGUGGAAUAAAUUUGCAAAACUGUGUUUGCCUUAUUA